GAUUUCAGGUGUACGUUCCGUGUGUGCCAGUGCAUCUGUGUGUGUGUGUGCAUAGUUCCAGUUGAUAUCUGCCAAUUGGCAUUCCAACUAGACGACCGGCGCAUUCUUUGCUGUCAUGUGCGAAAUUCCUUCACUUGAUUAAGCCCGGCGACCCGGUUCGAUUUUUUUUUGUUCGGUGCGGUUCGGCUCGAUUCGCAUCGUUUUCUUUUUUUUUUCGCUCGCUCUCUAUCUAUCUCUCUCUCCAUUGUUUUUUUGUGGUUGUGCUUUUUUUUUUUUUUUUGGGUUCGGUCCUUUUUGCGGUCUCGUGGUCUUUCAUCGAUUUACGCAGGAAUUCGCUGAAUUUACGUUUGCUCAAUGUCAAAUUGGCGUUCGACUCUGUUGGCGCGCAUUGGGUCAUCUUUGUUGGGGCUUCAAUUGAUGUUGCACUGCGGUCGCCGUCGCCGGGUGCAGUGAACUAUCAAUUCGCAUACAGUUGACGCUGUGGCCCCCACGCAUUCAGCCAAAGGCGCCGCGGGGGCCCGCUGUACAAGCACAUGGUUAGCGCUCAAUUUAACGCUACUGGCAACAAUCCUAUUGUGGUCGGCGCAAGCCCUCGCGGUGCCCAUGCACAGACGCGCCAAUAGUCCAGACUAUGCCCAAAGGCCGAGUAUUGCAUACUUGCGGGCGCAGCAGGACAACAACAACAACAACAGCAACCAGAGAAACUCCAACUUAAACAAAAUCUGUCGGACAUGCGAGCAGAGCAAGAGCAGCCGAUUGUCAAUGCAAGCAUAUCGCAAACCUAUUGGAAACGUCGCAAGUGGAAGCGCUGUGAGUGAAAGUGUAUAUAGUGGUGCAUACGAUACGCACAGCGUUUCGCACAGUGUAUAUAGUGCAAAUAAUAAGUUAGAUUUAAUUAUAAACGGCAGCCAGAGCAAAGUGUCGCCCAAACAUAAUUCGCUGCCAGCCACAAAUUUACCUAAUAAAUUACCAACAACAACAGCAACAACAACAGCAGCAGCAGCAGCAGCAACGACAACAACGUCAACUGUUGCAACACGCGCCUAUUUCUCGGUGCCCGUUUUCGCCUUUGCCACGCCUUUUGAACGUCGCGCCGCGUCGCACUCGACUGCCAUUGGGCCCUCGGCAUUCGGUUCGCCCGCGUCCAUGUUGCUGCCAUAUCAAAUUAAUCAACGUGCUACAUUGUUGCAAGCAACGCAAACGGCAACAACAAUUGCAACGGCAACGGCUGUGCCUCAUGUGCCAAAAGCAACAACAACAACACGCAACACUCUGCACGCUGCGCAUCGAAUUUUUAAUCGUGAUACAGUCCGAACAGCGACCAACGCAUCACCUUUGACACCACAACAACAACAACAACAAUCUACAACAACUUCAACAACAACAAUAACAACACCAACCACAGCACGAAUCGAAUUCAUACUCUAUACUGAGCUAUACGAAGAGGAUUCAGACAUCGAUACAAAUUCAGCGAACAAGCAAAACUUUUGGCACAAAUACG